AUUCAACUCCGUUCCCGCCAAAACCACCCCCUCCUCCCCAAAAAAGCUACUGCUUCAUAUGAUCAAUCCUUCACGGAAACCACCCACUCUCGCGGAGGUAUUAUUCCGAUUGAAGCCCACUUCAUAUCUCUUAUUCACGCCUCCAAAAACACCCAACAACUCAAGCAAAUCCAUGCCCAGAUCAUCGGUCACAACCUGUCUCAGACCAGUCGGGUCGUAACCCAGUUAAUUUCUUCAUGUUCUUUACUAAAAUCAGUCCAUUAUGCUUUGUUGGUCUUUCGCCACUUCGCUAAUCCUAACUCGUUCCUUUUCAAUGCAUUGAUUCGUGCACUUGCGGAGAAUUCUCAUUUCCAGAACUCAAUUUCCCAUUUAACACUAAUGUUGAGGUUGAAUAUUCGACCUGAUCUUCUCACGUUCCCGUUCAUUCUCAAGUCGGCUUCGGCAUUGCUUGAACCGGAGAUGGGCAGAGUACUUCAUGGCCAAAUCUCGAAAGUGGGUGUUGAAUUUGAUUCAUUUGUGCGAGUUUCGUUGGUUGAUAUUUAUGUGAAAGUUGAGUUGUUGGGUUUUGCUGUGCAAGUAUUUGAUGAAAGUCCUGUAAGAAACAAGCUGCAGAGUGUGCUCUUAUGGAAUGUUGUUAUUAAUGGAUGUUGUAAAGUAGGUGACUUGAAGAAGGCCAUGGAGCUAUUUGAGGCAAUGCCUGAGAGGAACAGUGGGUCUUGGAAUAGUUUGAUAAAUGGGUUUAUGAGAAACGGAGAAUUGGAUAGGGCAAUAGAGCUUUUUGAUCGUCUGCCAGAGAAAAAUGUGGUUUCUUGGACCACAAUGGUUAAUGGGUUUUCUCAAAAUGGAGAUCACAAAAAGGCUUUGCUGAUGUUUUUUAGGAUGCUGGAGGAGGGUGUGAGGCCUAAUGAUCUCACUGUUGUUUCUGCCCUUUCUGCUUGUGCAAAAAUUGGAGCCCUUGAAACUGGAUACCGGAUUCAAAAUUAUCUCUCAAGCAACAAUUUCAAGUUGAAUAGAUUCAUUGGAACUGCCUUGGUGGAUAUGUAUGCAAAAUGUGGGAACCUCGAGUCUGCGAGUCGAGUCUUUGAUGAGACAAAAGAUAAGGAUCUCCGUACGUCGAGUGUAAUGACAUGGGGUUGGGCAAUACAUGGAUGUUUUGAGCUAGCUCUUGAAUGCUUUGAUAGAAUGAGAUCAGCAGAUAUGAAAUUUCUAUGAAUAAACCCAGAUGGAGUUGUCUUUCUUGCCAUCCUAACCGCAUGUUCACAUUCUGGGCAAGUAGAUCAGGGACUGAGUUUCUUUGACAGCAUGAAGCUUGAUUAUUCCAUUGACCCAACUUUGAAACAUUAUGCAUUAAUUGUAGAUCUAUUUGGAAGGGCUGGUUGGCUUCAUGAAGCUCUAACUUUCAUACAAAGCAUGCCAUUAGAGCCUGAUUUUGUGAUAUGGGGAGCACUAUUUUGUGCUUGCAGGACUCAUAGAAAUACUGAAAUGGCAGAAUUCGUUUCAGAGAAGCUCCUGCAGCUCGAGCCUAAGCAUCCUGGGAGCUAUGUCUUUUUGUCAAAUGUUUAUGCCGGGGUAGGGAGAUGGGAAGAUGUCGAAAGAGUGAGAACUUUAAUGAAUAAUAGAGGUGUAGAGAAGGAUCCUGGAUGGAGUUAUAUUGAGGUGGAGGGCCAGGUGCAUAGUUUUGUAGCAGGUGCUCAUGCUCAUGAGCGUGCAGAAGAGAUUAACUUAAAAUUAGAGGAGAUAACAAGAAGUGCUAGGGAACAGGGUUUUAUGCCUGAAACUGAGUGGGUACUUCAUAAUAUUGAAGAAGAGGAGAAGGAAGAUGCACUGGGAAGUCAUAGUGAGAAAUUGGCUCUUGCCUUCGGGCUAGUGAGUACUGCUUCUAGGACGACCAUUAGGAUUUUUAGAAACCUAAGAAUCUGCGGGGAUUGCCAUUCUAUGAUGAAAUAUGUUAGUAAGAUUAGUCAAAGGGACAUAGUAUUGAGAGAUAUAAAACGAUUUCAUCAUUUCAAGGAUGGAACUUGCUCAUGCAAAGAUUUCUGGUAAAGUUGUAAGUGCAAUCCAACUUGCUUUAAUAUAAAAUCAUUUUUUUUUUUUCA